AUGCCUCCCCGUAGAGCUAAUUCCAGGAAUGUAAACACUUGGAAUGCAAAUGCAAGAAAUGAAAACACAACUCGUCCAGUUCCUGAUCAAGAAGUCUCCAAUGCUGAAUUCAAGAUUGCCAUUCAGAUGUUUGCUCUGAGUGUCGCCGAACAGAACAAUCAGCGGGUUCAAGCUCAUAUGAAUGGAAAUGGUGGAUCGAUAGCAGCAAGGAUGAUUAAGUUCUUGUGUGGAGUGUCAAAUUUGAUGAAAAUAGAGUGCAAAAAUGCUAUGUUACUAGGAUAUAUCAACAUCUCUAGGCUUAUGACUCAUGCUCAGCAGGUUGAGGGUAGUAAUCUUAAGGAACAUGCCAAGGAGAAUAAUAAUGCUAGGACUGGGAACUAUGACUCGGCUGAAAAGGAAGGGUGUUUCGGGUGCGGUCAGUCUGGUCACAGGUUGAGAGAUUGUCCUUCUAGAAAGUGUCAAGGAGGAAGAAAUGGUAGAUCUCAAUCUACAACUUCAUCAGCACCAGCAAGUCUCCCAAGACAGCAGGGUAACUCAUCUGCUAUAGGUGGCGUUCAGCGCCAGAACAAGUUGUAUGCUCUUCAGGCUCGCCAGGAUGAGGAAGGUUCUCUUGAUGUAUUCAUUGGUACAUUACGAGUCUUUGACCUUGAUAUUUAUGCAUUGUCAGAUCUAGGGGCUACUCUUUCUUUUUGUGCUAUCGAUUUCUCAAAGAUAUACCUCAGAUUUGGUUAUCAUCAGCUCUGA